AGGCUACCCAGUCAAAAAUAUCUUCGUAUUUAUAAUAACUCCGGCUAGAACGGUUAGUCUCUUAAAAACUAAACUAGAUCGUCUGGUGACAUAAUUUUCUUAUGAAAUAGAAUAAUACUAUUCUAUUGCAAAAUUGAAGGCUAGAUUUACUGAUAAGCUACAUGUCAAAUUAGAUAUUUCAUUGUAAUGCUCCCCUUUUCGCACAGGUUACUUAAUCUGAAAUGAGUCGCAAACAGACGCCAAGCGAUUUUCUGAAACAAAUAAUAGGUCGUCCAGUUGUAGUUAAGCUAAACUCUGGUAUCGAUUAUAGAGACUUUAGUCAUUGCAAGAAAAAGUGUGCUAAUUACAUCUCAAAUACAGGUGUUUUGUCUUGCUUGGACGGUUAUAUGAAUAUUGCUUUGGAACAAACUGAAGAGUAUGCUAAUGGUCAAUUAAAGAAUAAAUAUGGUGACGCAUUCAUUAGAGGGAAUAAUGGUGCGUAUUAUCAGUUUUAA